AUGCGAAAUCAUUAUCGUCAUCAUCAACAUCCAGAGAAUUUGAACAACAAAAAUAAUUAUAACAGCCAACAGCAACUUCAACAGAUUAACAAUCAAUACAAUACCAUCAGCACCACCACUAAUCGUUAUCAAUUUGGCUUACAUCCGGUCAUGGCGGCUACUGCCACAAAUGUCGCAGCCAGUGUUGCAAGCAAUUCUUUGCCCCCCACUAGCCUAACAGGCAAUAGUGGGAGUGCCAGCAUAGGCAACGCCUCCUCCAUAUCAUCGUUAUCAUCCUCAUCAGCUUCGAAUAAUAACUCCUCCAAUAGCGAUUUACCUUCACUUGCCAAUAAUAAAAUGAAUUUAACCAUAACUGCACCAUUGUCUGCAGCAUCAUCCACAUCCACAUCCACUUCAUCAUCAUCAUCUCCAACAGCUUCAGCAUCCAUUUCCUUGCCACAACAACAUGAAUAA